AUGAAUCUGUCAAUUUUCGACCAUUUUUCAAGAGAAUCACUUUCGUUCGCGAGUGAGAGAAAAAAUGAAACAUGCACGGACCUUGAUCUUGGAGAGAUCUGCUCUGGAGAGUGUGAAAGCAGCCUUCUGUCUUGCCUGAGCAACUGUAGCUCUAAUGAUGCUUCCUGCGAGAGUGGUUGCGUCAGGGAGGGGUUCGACUGUAUUGACGGAUGUCCUUGCCACACUGACUGUAUUCUCGGCUGUGAGAAUUGUUCUGCCGACAUUUGUAAUGCCUGCGCGUUUCCUGAAGAAAAUGAGGAUCAUGUAAAAUGCCUAGCUGAGUUUGAAAGAGAACUGAUCGAAUGCAUACAAAACUGCGGCGGGAAUUCAAGCUGCGUUAGUCUCUGCACAGUUCAGUACUCACAGGACAUUUUGAAUUGCCCUUGCGAAGAAGGCUGUCCUGAUGGCUGCCCCUGCCCGAAUUUUGAUUGUGGAGAUAAUGCAGAAGAAGCCAACUCGGUCCUGAUCAUGCAUUACUCACAGAAAAAUCUUUCGCUUGUGAAUUUCAACAGUUACACAGAAGACUUAUUUCAAAAUUUAACAAUGGCCCAGAUGAUCGACGAUUUGACAGCGAUGAGGGAUGUUCAGUGCUUUACAAAGGGAAAAACUAUUUAUUCGGAGGAUGAAAAAUCAAGCUAUGACGGCUCAAAAAUCUUGGAAAGAGACUUUCCAAGGCCAGCGGUUUAUCAUCAAUAUAUCGGCGGACAAAUUCCGGUGUAUAAAGAUUAUCCGAUUCUUAUUGGUGGAAAGACCGAGCAUGGGUCGGCCACGAAUUUCGUCGAACGAUACAGUCCAUCAGAUGGCUGGAUAUUGGACCAAAAAAUUGCGUUUCCAGAGGCGGAGACUUAUUGCUAUUCCGCUGUGUGGGGGGACUUCGGAGUUGUUAUUUUCCCCGGAUUUUCAUCAUCAAAAAACAAAAUUUGGCGACUUUAUGACGAUGAAUGGACUAACAUUGGAAUAACUAAAUGGAAUGAUAGACCUUAUGCGCGAGCUGUUCUUCUGUCAAAUUAUGAGGUUCUGGUUCUUGGCGGAGAAGACCGUCAAAAGUUCACGAAAUUCUCGUUCAAUGAAAAUUUUACUUCGAUCGAGGGCGAAGAUCUCGACAAUUUACCGUCGCUUUCGAGCUGGGAUGAUCCUUAUGCAAUUCUUGUGCCUAACGGCUACUGUAUGCUUUAA